UAGCAUCUAGCCAACGAAAAGAGUUUCAGUUUCAUUUAGAACCUACUCCAAAGUAAAUUGUUAUAACCAACAACCAUAAGACCUUCAUUAUCUGACGAACGUUCGUCUGAAACGUGUGUACAAACUCCCAGAUGUCUUGGACGUAUAAAAUAAAAUUAAAUUUCGGCAUGCUCGGCAAGGUGUUGAUGUAGUAAUAAUUUUAAACCGUAGACACCGUAGACCGUUGCCGAAUUUUAUUAUUUUUUUUUUUAUAAGACUACUACUCAUCAUCACCGGAAAUUCUGCUAAUUUAAUCUCUGGCCCAUCUAACAACGUGGGACUGGUAAAAAAAGUUUUUUUAUAAAUAAUAAUUGUUAUUAUUUUAUAAAAACACCAUCAACUUGAGACGUGACAUCGUGUUUAAAUUAUAACAUUAAUAAUUUAAUAAAAAAUUAAAAUGGAGCAAAAAAAAGUUUACAAGAUCGUAUUGACUGGAGGCCCUUGUGGAGGUAAAACUACUGGACAGGCACGACUUUGUACAUUUUUUGAAAAUAUGGGAUGGAAGGUGUUCCGUGUCCCCGAGACAGCGACCGUGCUGCUCAGUGGCGGUGUCAAGUUCUCCGACUUGACAGAAGAAGACAGCUUGAAAUUUCAAGAAAAUCUUUUGAAGACGAUGAUCCAAAUUGAGAAUACAUUUUUCUCAUUGGGAGAAAGCUGUAGUAGAAAUUGCCUUAUUAUCUGUGAUCGUGGAGCAAUGGAUGCUUCAGCAUUUAUCGCAAAGGACAAAUGGGACCUGAUGCUAGCAACGAACGGUUGGAAUAACGUUGAACUUCGUGACAAUCGUUAUGACCAGAUAAUACAUAUGGUGUCAGCAGCAAAUGGUGCUGAGGACUUUUACUCAACAGAAGAUCAUGCCUGUCGUUCAGAAGGUGUAGAAUUGGCACGUGAAUUGGAUUAUAAAGCAGCAGCUGCAUGGGUUGGACAUCCUUACUUUGACGUUAUUGAUAAUUCACAAGACUUUGAGACUAAAAUAUGUCGUAUGAUUGAGUGUAUUUGCCAGAAACUUUGUAUUGAUACUGGUGACAGAUUACGUGCUAGUAGUCGCAAAGUUAAGUUUCUUGUCAAAGGACCAUUACCAAUGGACUCGGAAUUUCCACCAUUCCAAGACUUUGAUGUUGUACAUAACUACCUCCAAAGUAGAAUGCCUAGCAUGCAGGCACGGUUACGAAAACGUGGACAAAAAGGUCACUGGUCGUAUAUACAUACAAUAAGACGACCAAAAAUGUGCGGACAAGUCGUUGAAGUAAAGACACCACUAACACAUCGUGAUUAUUUAAAUAUGUUGGCUCAACGUGAUGAUGCACAUUUUACAAUCUUUAAGCGUCGACGAUGUUUUUUAAUAAACAAUCAGUAUUUUCAAUUGGACAUAUACCGAGAACCCGGACAUCCACGAUGCCGUGGAUUAAUGUUGUUGGAAACAUAUACAGCUUUAACAGGCGAUGAAUUGAAAAAUAUAUUGCCAAAUUUUUUGGCUAUCGAAAAAGAUGUUACUGGUAAUCCUGAUUACAGUAUGUUCAACUUGAGCUUGCGAGAGGAAUGGAAUACAACUGGAAGUAAAUACUGUCAUAAUUUACACAAUUACGCUCUUGCAGGCAUGGUGAAUGGUGCCACGAUACAAGAAAUAAAACGUGAUACCUGUGAGGCAGUUGCAGCCUCACCUAAAAAACAUAUUAACCGAGUGAUGGGUAUUAGAGUUAACGGUAAUGAUGCAAACGGUUAUGAAAACGGAUUAGGCUACACGCGAAACGGUGUCAACGGUACAAAUACUUUUAAUGGUAUUGAUAAAAGUAUUGGUGAUUUAAAUAAAUUAAAUAAUAUUAUUAAUGAUAAGAGUAAUAAUAAAAUAAAUGUUAAUAAUGAGUAUUCUGGUUGCGAUAGUUUGAAUGAUAAAUUUGAUAUCAAUCCAGUUGAUGAAAUUUCAACCUCAUCAGCAUCUUCUGGUAUUGACAAGUGUAAAAAUACGCACGAUAAUGCAAUUAAAAUUUAAUAAUCAUUGUCAUUUUAAAUAUUUAUCAUUUUCAUUUUUAUUAUUUCAUUAUUUUGAUUUAUAUACAUUUUAAUAUUAUUCAUUAUUAUUAUUACAUACAUAUAUAUUUUUUUUGUAGUCUAUAUUUAGGGUGGAAAUAAUAAAUUGUUAAUUAUGAAAAAAUAUUUUUUGGAAUUUUUUUUUUUCAAUAGUUAAUAAAAUUAAUUCAUUUAUUUUAAUUAUUUUAUUAAUUAUUGCAAUAAUUGUUAAUAUAAUUUUAUAAUUUUUUGUUUUAAUUUACUGACAUUACUAAUAACAAGAAUCAAUAUUCAAAUUUUUUAUUUGUAAAUAAUUUUAAUAAUUUGAAAAAAAAAAAAAUUAUGAAUUCCAAAAUUUAUUUUUUGAUUUAAAAAAAAAAUAAAUUGUAUAAAAACAAAAUUUUCUAGUACUUAAUUCAAUCAUGAAAAUCAAUUUAGAUGAACAUUAAUUAUAUAGAAUUUAAAUAAAAGUAUUUUUUUUUUUUUAAAUCAUUCAAUUCAUGACUAACUGAAUUCUACCGGAAGUAUUGGUGAGACUCAAUAUGAGUCAAACUAUUUAUCAAUAUAAAUGUGAUGUAACACAUCAAUAUACAUUGGAUAUUUGUCCGUAAUAUGAAAAAAAAAAUUAAUUAAUUAAUUAAAAAUAAAAACCAAAAGAAAAAAAAAUUUAAGUUUAAGCAGACAAAGAAUAAAUUGAAAACGUAAUUUAAGAAUACUCAUACCAAUAAAUUUUAAUAUGUAAAUUAUUGGUAUUCUCAGGCAGCCCUCCACAUUUUUAAAAUAUUCAGUGACUCAAACAGGGUAGGAAUUUAAAUUUUCGGUGCAGGUAUGGUGAAAAAAUAAUCAACGGCCUUGAACUGUCAUAACCGUAAUAAAAUUUUAUUAACCAAUUAAAAAAUAAUUGAAGCAUUAAUUGAAUAGAACACAACAAAGUUACAAUUCUCGCCUAGAUAUAGAUUUGAAAAAAAAUUACACACUUGUUAUUAAUUAGGAGUCAAACGAAAAUUGUUAAAUAAAUUGAAGCCUACAAAAUUUGCAAAUUCGAAUAAUAAAAUUGAAAUCCAGAUUUUACUGAAAUUUAUUUAAGGAUUUUGUUUAACUCCUAGUUGAUAAUAACUCAAAGUAAUUUUUUUUUAAAUCUGUAUCUAGGUGAGAAUCAAAACUAUUUUGUCUUCUUUUAAAUUAAUGGUUUAAUUUUUUUUAUAAUUAAUUAAUUGAUAAAAUUCGAAAAGUUGGAAAAUACAAAAGUGCACAACUCAUUUGCUCAUAAUAACGAUAAAAAAAUUGGCAGCUAAUUUUUUUCAUGAACUGUCAGUUUUAAGUUUAUGUUGAUUAUAAAUAACCCAAAAAGAUUCGGAUAGUGAUUUUCAAAAGGGUUCUUUUAUUUUAGAAGUGUAAUAAAAAAAGAAACAGAUCAAUCGGUUGUAAAUUUUUACGUUAAUGUGUUUACCAACAUACGUACAUACUGACGGACAUCACAGGGUUUUUUUUUCCAAUCAUUAUUUUACAGAAAAGUAACUUAAAAUUGUGUUCGUUUUAUUCCAUAGUAAAUUAUCUUUCAAAUGGUAUAAAUUUUGUUCUAGUUGAACAUAUUUUAAUAAACGUAAAUAUGAUUUUUACGUGAGUGAAUCGGCCGGAACCGAGUAAAUGUUAGCAAAACACAACUCAUUGCUUCGCAUUUGAGGUGUGCAAUAUCGUUUUGACCGUUGAGUCAUUGAAUAUUUUUAAAAAGUGGGGGAUAUCUGAGAAUGCUCUUAAAGUAAAAAAAAAAAAUGAAUACAAUGUAAUUAUAAUUAUGCUUAAUUGAUAAGAGUGCUCAUGCAAUCAUUUUGAUUAAAUUCUUGCCUCAACGCUUUAAAAAUCGUGUAUUUGUGAAAAAAUAAAAAGUAAAAUUACAAAACCAAAAAUAAAAAAAACAUAAUUCCGUGCUUAUGUAAAUUAAAUAAGCUUCUUUGUCAUUUAUGAUAAAAAUAAAACUAAAAACAAAAGGUUUUAAAUUAAACAUAAAAUUAAGAAAAAGAUUGCGUUUCAGCUAUCUACGACUGAUUCGAGUGCUGUGCGGAUUACGGACAAGACAGAGUUAUACAAUCAGAUAUAAUGAUCCUCGACUCAUUUAAAUUGACAAUUAAUAAAACGUCUAAAUUUUUAAAAUAAAUAAAUCAAACGCACAGUUGGAUACUCGAGUGGCUCAUCAAUGUGUCGGGUAAAGUAAAUUAUUAAAUUUCAAAAUAAAUUACAUUCAAUUGUUUACUGAAUAAAAAAAAAACUAACAAGACUUGAAUAUCAUAAAAAUAAAAUAAGACUCUGAUGCGUAUCAAUAAACAUAAAAAAUUUAUAAAUUUUUAUCUUGUGCUUUAUACAAAAAAAAAUAUUAUUAUUAUUACACAUUUCUGAUGUCUAAACUAUAAAAUAAUUAUUUUUGCUACUAAAAUAUUAAUUGAAUUGAUAAAAAAAAAGAAAAUAUUUAAAUAAAUUUUUUCAUAUUGCUAA